GUAUCCACAGUGGACCGGCACCGAGAGGCAGCCUCCUCCGUGGACCGAUGAACUUGCGGAGAUGUCCCGACAUAUUUACACCCGCCACGGGAUAGGUGAUGGAGUCCAGAAGCCUAUCUUUCAGGCGAACCGAGGGACCUACUCUCGCCGCAGCCGCCUCAAGAGGUCCGACGGCAGCACCACCUCCACCAGCUUCAUCCUGCGACAGGGUUCCGCUGAUUCGUACACUAGCAGGCCGUCGGACUCGGAUGUGUCUCUGGACGAGGAGCGGGAGGGCGGGCGGCAGGAGCGCGAGCAGCAGGCCGCGCAGCAGCUGGAGAGGGCCAAGGCGAAAGCAGUUGCUUUUGCGGUGAAGACCAAUGUCAGCUACUGUGGAGCCCUGGAUGAGGAUGUUCCAGUGGCUGGAACCGCCAUUUCAUUUGAUACCAAGGACUUCCUCCACAUCAAAGAGAAAUACAACAAUGACUGGUGGAUAGGUCGUCUGGUGAAGGAGGGCUGUGACAUCGGCUUCAUCCCCAGCCCCCUCAAACUGGAGAACAUCCGUCUCCAGCAGGAGCAGAAGAGAGGACGCUUUGGCGGUAAGACCAGUGGGAAUUCCUCCUCCAGUCUGGGGGACAUGGUCUCGGGCUCUUUCAAGCCCAACCCUCCCUCUGCAGGAAAACAGAAGCAGAAAGUGGCAGAACACAUUCCUCCCUAUGACGUUGUUCCCUCCAUGAGGCCGGUGGUCUUAGUGGGUCCCUCUCUCAAAGGUUAUGAGGUGACUGACAUGAUGCAGAAAGCACUCUUUGACUUCCUGAAGCACAGGUUUGACGGAAGGAUAUCCAUCACCAGAGUGACUGCAGACAUAUCUCUGGCCAAAAGAUCUGUGCUCAACAAUCCUAGCAAGAGGGCCAUCAUCGAGAGAUCCAACACCAGAUCCAGCUUGGCCGAGGUGCAGAGCGAGAUCGAGCGGAUUUUCGAGCUGGCCCGGUCCUUGCAGCUGGUGGUGCUCGAUGCGGACACAAUCAACCACCCGGCACAGCUCAUUAAAACCUCCUUAGCACCCAUCAUUGUCCAUGUCAAAGUGUCCUCUCCCAAGGUGUUGCAACGGUUGAUCAAGUCACGUGGGAAGUCGCAGAGCAAGCACUUGAACGUUCAGCUGGUGGCGGCCGACAAGCUGGCACAGUGUCCCCCGGAAAUGUUUGACAUCAUUUUGGACGAGAAUCAGCUGGAGGACGCCUGUGAGCACCUGGCCGAGUACCUUGAGGCGUACUGGCGUGCGACGCAUACAUCUCUCAGCACCCCGCUCAACCCCAUACUGGGAAGGAACCUGGGAUCCACGGCACUCUCUCCAUAUCCCACUGGGCUGCAGGGCCAGAAGAAUAAGCAGAGCAAUCACACGGGGGAGCUCUCCCCUGCAGAAAAACGUAGCCUCAUGACGGCCGACGAGAACUACCACAAUAACGAGCGGGCGAGGAAGAACCGCAACCGCCUGUCGUCCGAGUCGCAGCAGAGCCGGGACAACUACCCGCUGGUCGAGGAGGACUACCAGGACCCUUACCAGGACACGUACAAACCCCACCGCAGCCGAGGCUCCCCUGGCGGCUACAGCCACGAGUCCAGGCAAAGGCUAUGAGUCCACGCCACUCAAAAAAAAAAAAACUUUUAAAAAAAACUGCAAAUACAACUGGUCUCUCCUCUCUGUAAAGCCCACACUGAAAGAGCUCUGGAGGGGGCUCCUGUGAGACUUUUCUCCAGAGUGUUUAUGGGAAGUGUAGUACUUCAGUCUUCUUGUGUGGCACAGUCUCCCUGCAGUGUGGUGGCAAUAGGCCUCAAAAAAGCCUAAAGCAAAGCGCCACCACUUCCUGCUGACCAAGACACGAGGCACAGAAUACUCAUAAUUGCUGGAUGGCGAAAAGUGUAGCGGAUAUUUUCAGAGGCAGUGCAGAGCACAGAAUAGUUUAGGAAUUUAGUUUAGGCAGGGAAAAUAAGCAGACCAUCCACCGAGCCUCUGGGUGUUUUGGUAGCGUGAGUCUCGGGAGCUCUGUCGGUGUUAGCAGGUCAGAGCUGCUGUGGCAUGUUGUUCCUGCACCCUGAACCGAUGCCAGCAUGCGGAUAUGCUAGACAGCAGCGAGAGCCCCACAGUCGACACGGAGCCUUCCCUUGCACGUUUUUUUUUUUUCUUCAGUAGCCAGUGGAGGCAGUGGAGUGUGAUGCAUCUUUAAUGUCUAUUCAUUUGUUCCAGUUGUCUUGGUUGGUUGUGAGUAUUUUCCGGUGCACUGCGGGGCACGGAAGGAGAAGAAGAAGAAGAAGAAGAAGUUGAAAACACAUUCUCACAGUUGCCUAAAAUGUUGAGUGAAUCUUGUCAGGCUUUGACUUUUCCCCUAGAUAUUUUCUUCCCAAUUCAAAUUCAGUGCCAAUCAUUUCCAAACACAAGGACGUGUCUUAGCUGCCUACUUUUUGGCAGUUGAACCAGCGUUUCUGCAUAUUGUUCAAGUCCCUAUGCCCAUAUCCUGUACUCCAGGCAUGUCGGGGCAUCUUUAGUGAUGUCUUUUGCGUUUCAGUCGACAGAAAGUUGAGUUGUUCCAAAUGAUACUGGUUACGUGACAUAAAAGGCCACACAGUGAACUCAGAAAGCUGCUCAGCAAGGGGAGAAUUAGCAGUAAGAUGAAUCCGACUGAUCUCCCGAGCGUGGCAGCGAACCACAAUGUUUUCAUUAUGUUUGUAGUGUGCCCUUCUUCUUCUCUCAGUGAGCUUGCCAGAGGAGGGGAGGGAACGCUCCAUUCGGUAAUGGAGAAAGAGCCUGGCUCAGCACAGUAGAGCUCAAGUUUCACUGAUCACGUUACACUACUGCAACAUGCCCUUCGGUUUUCUAAGAAUGAUCAUAUCAACGCCGGGGGGGUAGACAACACAAGGAACUGCACUGUAUGUCAUCUGUUCUUCAGCAGAGUAGCAUCUUAUGCAUCGGAUAGAAAGUAAUGCAUUUUAAACCCAUGACACUGAGAUCUGCGGUGUGUCAUGUUCUCAUCCUGUUGUUGUGGAAGGAGGACAGGAGAGAAUUACAUAAUGGUUAUUCUCUUUAUCAGUUGUUUGUUUCUCUAUCAGUUUAUCUCAUUCUUAUGAUGUUCCUCACAUAAUCCCUAAUUGUAGUUCAGAAAUGUAGUUUUGGAGGCAUUUCAGGCUCUCACGGUCCUUUUCAUUUAUGUUCAACCACACACCAGUGGGUCAUGAAUAGUAUAUAAUGUGUUCAGUUUUAUUGUGAAACACAUUUGAUCAGAAAGGCAUGCAUAAUAUGAGACCAGGCAACUUCCUGAGGCUUUAAGUUUUUUCUUCAACUUACAAAACCAGAAUGACUGAACGUAUAUGUGAUAUCCAUGUGUAUGUAACUGAAUAAUGGAAGUAACUAUGACAUGAGCAUUUUUAAUAUAAUUUAAAAGUGUAGCUUAUUAGUAGCUUCAUGAUAGCACAUCUGAAAGGGCAAUCGUACUUUGGUAGCAGCACAAGUAGGAUGGUACAAUAUUGUAGUGUUGAACUUGAAAAAGAGCCAUUGGUUCACUUGUUGGCCUGCAUAUAUUUGUAAAGCUUACGUUAUGUUAAAGCUUACUAACAAUGAUCUGGUUUGGGGGUUGGACGGGGAUUCAGGGGAAUAGAAUAUAUGUGUACAGUGGUUUUGAUCCAGUUGUAAUUCAGGUCUGGCCAGUUAUUUUCUUCAAAGAUACCAACUCUAGAAGACUUUUGUAGCAAAGUUAUGUAAAAGAUAUACACUUUUUUCUUUUAUUUCACUCUCAUCCUGAUUAGUCUGUAGAAAAGUAUUUACAGAUCACUUUGACAUUUCCACAGAUUAGUUAAAUUGAAAUCCUGAUGAUAUUCCUCAAAAGUCAAAAAGCCUGAGUGUUUGACCAAGUGCAGUUGGCGAUAAGUGUCCUUGCUGUACUAGCACUGCCACCUAUUCCACAUCUCCUGUUUCCUAAGUAUGAAUGAGUUACUUUGGGGCCUUCUGUUAAGCUAUUCAGGUAAAUUCACCCAGUUGUAUUAGAUUAACCUCUCACAGAGGUGUUCUUGAGGAUAAUUAAGUUAAACCGAAAAUGUACUGAAUUAAUGGAAUAAUAUCUCAAAAUGCCUGUUGAAAGUAUACAACCUUGACAAGACAAUGCUUCAGUCAAAGUGCUACACUUUGCGGUAAGAGGACAUGAAUCAUUCAUUAAAGUGUAACUGUACCCCAUAACUCCACCCACUUAACAUUUUUGAAAAAGGCUUUCAAAAUGGGUGGGACGUUCUGAAAUUUGGAAGGGAGGGGCACGCGCGAACCAUGGUGAUUUCGUGUCAAUCUGGGAAAGAGUGCUUCAGACAUGGCUUAUCACAGAUAAUGGCAGCAGGUGUUGGGGCGUUUCAUUCCUAAUUUUUGACGACCCGGUGACGUAGAUUCGCCAGAAAAGUGCAGUUACACUUUAAUUCAUAAUUCAAAGUCUGUCAUUCAUGACCUCAUACAUCAACUAAAGCAUUACAGUGGGUACAUCAUUGUGAAUGAUGAUUUAUUAAACAUGAUUAUUUCUUUUUCUGCCAAAAAUGUGGUCAUCACUGUUCAAAUCCUGAUUGAACACAACUUGUUCAGUUCUUUAAACACGUAAUUAUUCACUCUACCGGUACUUUAGUUGAAGGGCCACAGAAUUCAUGAACAAUUAACCUGCUUAAGAAAUCAUAAAUUAUAAUGAUACCCACCGUAGGCCUACCUAAUGUUUUUGUUGAUGUGUUUUUCAUACAUGAGAUCAUAAACAAGGAAUGAUUAGAAGAAUUAAUUAAUCAUGUAUAAAUCAUGAAUUAGUUCAUGCGUGAAUUGAUGAACAUAUAUGUACCCUUACCGUAAAGUGUCACCAGUAUAUCAGUGUUUAAGCGCAGUCAAAUGUGUUGCUCUCCUUAGAAAGCAAUAUUUCACAAGAACAUAGAUAUAUCCCUAAUAAUAAAAAAAAAUCUGGGCUUAUUUCUGGGUUAAACAGACAGCGUGAGCCACUGCCCACAUAUCUUGAUGAGUGAAAUGAAACUGAGUGUAGUGAGUGGUGUGCCAAAGCUCUCUGAAGCCCUUACACUUUGUUAUUGACAAGGGAAAUGUUGACAAUAAUUUUCAUAGGCUACAAGGAUCCCAGCCAAAGAAAUUAUCUUCUUUUUGUACCUGCAUCUAAUGUAAAAAGAUUUCGCAAAGAGCAUAAUUUGAUGUACUCACUAUGAAUAUCUACCUUAUUUAGUCAUACAUUGUUUUUGAAUCUUUGUGACCCCAUAAAACUUGUAUGAAUUUUAAAGGAAAAUGUAUUUCACAUCAUGAUUUUGAUCAUUAUGAUCUCAAGAUACCUCUUUUGUUUAAUCAUUUAUAUGUACUCAUGACCUGGGCAGGGCAAUAGCCAUGUUUUUCGCAAUGCUGAUGAAAUUACUUUAUGUAGGCUAAAAACUCAAUUUGAUUAUCCCCAUGAUCGUUUUUUUUAAACUAUAUAGUUUUUUUCUCCAUCCAAACAGGCACGUUUGUCAAAAGGAGACAAAGGGGAAGGUUAAUGUAAAAUGUCAAUUACUAUGCAAAUGUGUACAGUGCUGCAUGUUGAUGCUUUACCUCCCUCUGCUAAGUAGCGGCUUUGAUGGAGUUCAAAUGAAGUUGUGUCGUUAUUUUUGUGAAAGAUGACAAAAAUGCAAUGCAAGUCUGCAUGCAAAAUAUAUAACUUUGAGUAGCCUAAUUGCUGAGAGAGAAUAUGUUUUAUGGAAAUUAGACGUGUGAAACCUGACUCUAGCUGCAUUUCAAAUGUUGUUUUUUUUAAUAAAGAUAAAGUGCUAAAAA